GUCCCUCUCAGCCAAUGCAGGAGACCCUUGCUGACCCGGUCCCGCCCCUGCCGAGAGCUCGGCCGGAAGAUGGCGGCGGCCGCUGAGUUGACGCUGCUGGAGAAGUGUCUGGGGCUGAGUAAAGGGAACAAGUACAGCGCUCAGGGCGAGCGCCAGAUUCCAGUUCUUCAGACGAACAAUGGUCCAAGCCUAACGGGAUUGACUACCAUAGCAGCUCACUUAGUCCAGCAGGCCAACAAGGAAUAUUUGCUGGGGAGCACCGCGGAGGAAAAAGCAGUGGUUCAACAGUGGUUAGAAUACAGGGUAACUCAAGUAGAUGGACACUCCAAUAAAGACGACAUCCGAACUGUUCUGAAGGAUCUUAAUUCAUAUCUUGAAGAUAAAGUCUACCUUACAGGAUAUAACUUCACAUUAGCAGAUAUCCUCUUAUACUAUGGACUUCAUCGCUUUAUUGUUGACCUGACAGUUCAAGAAAAGGAGAAAUAUCUUAACGUGUCUCGCUGGUUUUGUCACAUUCAGCAUUAUCCAGGCAUCAGGCAACAUCUGUCUAGUGUUGUCUUCAUCAAGAACAGACUAUAUACUAAUUCCCACUAGAAGCCAUCUGCGCUGUACAGAAGAGUGAUUAAGAUAUUUUAAAUGGAAAGUGUAUUCUGGACCAGAGGACUGACAUGAAUUGAUAGGCAGCCAUUCUUUAUUCAUUGAAGUUGGUAGAAUUUUUAAAGUAUAAACUUGUGUCCCAACAUUUUAUUUGUUCUUUAGUUGAAAUUUUGCAGUUUUUUUAUGUAAAACUUAAAGUGCUGUCAAAACUUGAGUUGAGAUCAAGGUAUCAAUUAUCUUGUUUUUAGAGAUGAAAUUUAUUUUAAUAAAAGUUGCAAAUCAGUGGCUUAAUCUUAAAAAAAAAUAGUCAUUCCGAUGGUUGAUAUAUUUGGCUAUUUAUUGACCUCUUUCAUCUUAUAAAUUAAUUUUCCCCUUCUGAAUAUUUAUAGUAGUUUGUUUUUUAAGAACUAGGAUAAAUUGUGCCAAGGAGACAAAAAGGGAAGACAGAUGGAUUUGUUUUCAAAUAUUUAUGUGAGCCAGUAAACGUGGUUGAAAAAGUCAUUUUUUGUUUGUUUCUUUCCUGUAGUCAGUAUUCAUUGAGGUGAAACUACUGCCCUAGAGGGAAGUGGAAUAAAAUACAUUCCCUCGAA